UGCUUUCGGUCUAUUCAAUGUUGAUUUAUCGUUCAAUAUGCUAUCACUGUUUAUAUCUGUCUUUGUUACUUUAACGCCUACUGUAUCCGUUGAAGAGAAAGAUUGAGGAGACAAAUUCAUUUUCCCCUUUGGAAAAUGAAUGAAAACAUCUUGUUUUCUGCCUUCUACCACAUCAAAAAAUUGCCUAUCAUUAAAGUUUCUUUAUGUAAUUUCAUGUCAUAAACGACUUGAAUUGUGUUGCGAUGACGUAUUUCUUAAAAUUUGACUUCCAUUCAGGAUUCUGUAUCCCACGUAACUGAAGCUUUUAUAUUCUAUGAAAAAUGAAAAGCUCGAUAGUAAGUAACAUGUAAUAUGACUAUAAAUUGGGGUUCCGUACCAAUGCCCAAUUUAGGUGCAUGGGUGCCAAGCAUGUUACGGGGCAAACGUCUUUCCUUAAUUAUCGUUAAGGCUGCUUCAGUAAACACAUCUAAAGCUGAACACGCAAAAUUCUAGCAACUGACCACAAUCUAGGCGUAAGUUUAUGCAUCUGUUUACGCAACUUAUUGUCAGUCAACAGGGCUAUACCGUUUUGCAGAUAUAAAUAAAAUGUAGAGGAAAAGUGGAGAAAAGUUGAUCAAUUGAUGCGUGAAUACCAUGUCUGUACUCUAGAAGAUCGUUAGCACUAAAUGAUUGCCGCCCUCAGAUUUACAUAAGAGACAACACCUUGAUCAAUAUAAUUUUUGCCGACAUUAAAGAGGAGACAAAAUUGUCUUCAAAAAAUUGUCUUUAAGAAUCUAUACGGCUAUGAAUUAAAUCAAACUACGUGCAGAUGAGAGUGCAUUUAUAAGGUUUUUUACAGGUGCGUUUGUAGAUCUUGAAUACUUUCUUGUACAAAUUGGAAUCAUUGUUGAAUAUGUAUAAAGGUGGAUCAAUACAAAUUAACGGUCAAAGAGAAUAAAAGAUUGUUAGCCGUCGACAUCAAAGUAAUCUGGCAGGUACCGAAGCUUUUUAAAGCAAAUGAGCCUCUAAUGGCACAAAGAACAUUUCAGUCUCCUUGAAACGAAUUACACAUUUGGUGAAGUGGAGCCCAUAAACGUACGAAGUGGAAUGAGGCAUUAUUCUUGCUCAUACCACUUGUGGAUAGCUCGACUAAAUUUUGAUUUCACUUGAAAAUUUGACUUGUUGAACGUUCAAUGAAUUUUAAUCCCUUUUCAUUUGUUUAAAUGUUGCCUAGUGAGAUGUUGAAUGCGCUUAAAUAUCCCCCAUAUAACGUUGUUCAACAUUCGUUAAGAUUCCAUCAACAACAUCUUGUUUGUUGACAAAUAUAUGGUUUGCUCUGGGUUAAAGAUUAGCUUUGAUCUUUGUUUCCAAAUCGACUAUGACUUUAGAUGUUAGGACGCACUGUAGGAAUUCCAAAUAAAGAUGAUCCGUUGUGUAAUUUUCGUUGAUGGUGUCAUAGGGCCUGUUAAGUCGUGGAUCAUCCUUACAUCGCCCACAGAUGACACGAAACGGACUGGGCUUUAACACAUGAAACUUCUCGAUUAAAAGGGAAAUUAGUUGUAAGGUCUUUUCAGUCUGAGCUUGUUCUCUGAUAUUGCACAUUACGAAACAUAUACCUUAAAUUUUGUUUUGCACGGUUUGUUAUAUGAAUUUAUAAGAAAUUCUUUGUGACGAUCGCAAAUCAUAUUUAUGAAAUCAAAUAUCUUAUAUCAAUUCAGAGAAAAUGCAUAUUUUGAAAAUGAAAAUUGCUGUUUACUGGUUUGUCAUGUAGUGCUCGGUGCCGUAUAGGCAGAGCUUUACACGCUACCUGGUGUUGAGAACAGUACGGUUAUAAGCUGCCACACGAGUUUCACGCUGAAUGUGAUCAUUCGGCCACUGUCGAUUUGAACGAAAACAAGCUGCAAUAAACAGGCUCAGGUCAAGUGAGGCUAAUUGCUGAAUCACUCUUGUGAUCAGUAGCAACUAUGUUCCUUGGUCGUUUGUUUCAAAAUGAAAGUAUAUAAAAACCUAGAUGAUGAUCUGACGACUGCAUCAAGCGGAAAAUUUUAGUGACAUCUUCGAACCAUUCUGAUCCGCAUACGGAAGCGUGUCUUUUGUUAUACGGUAUGCAACACUGAAGAACAGACCGAUUACGUAAUAGCAGACUGAUUCUUCAUUCAAUACACAUAAACAGUAAACACUAAAGAAAAUUACCGAUAGCACUGAGCGGUACUGAUGCUAUGAUUCUUAACAGGGGCGUGGUGGGAAUUUUUAUGGGCCGGUAAAAUCAAGUUUUUAGGGGCACACCAUUUGGUUGCUGAUUGUUUCUUGUUGUUAUCGCUUUUAAUUUUUUCUUUCAUUUAUUUCCUUCUGGCUAGACAUAUAUUCUAAAAAAACAGCGACUUCCCAAUUAUCAACUUACAAAGCAUAAGUGUUCUUUAAUUCUAGUGUCUGAUACCAUUUUUAAAUUAAUUAAUCAUUCUAAAGAUCAUCUGUCAGGCUUAGAAUGGUGAUAAGUUCAAGGUUUAAAGGAUAAUUGGUUAAGUUAUAUCUAUUGUAUUCUUGAUAAUAUUUCAGGUUGGUUUUUAGCAGAUGCAUAGAUGGAAUUUGGGCUCGUAUUUCAGCUGCGUGUCCAUUUACGAUUCAAUGUGGGUUGAUUUGGGAUGUUCUUUUUUGUUCUUUAUUUUGUGAUCUUGACACAGUUUUGCCAAGAUCCCCCAUUCCUCAAUAUAAUUUCAAAUUAAGCUUGCAACGCGAAAGGAGUUUUACAGUUUUUCUUUGGGUAAGUUUAAACACGUGGGGAAAGAAGGUUUGUCUUCCAGUUGACAUUCUUUUAUCUAUAUUAAUUCCUAAGCCAAUAAGGAAACCAAAUGUUAUCGCAAUGUCCAGGCGACCAAAAAUUUAUCUAAGAAUUUCUGGUCAAUUUUCCAAAGCUAGACAAGAGACAUGUACGUUGACAUAAUUGUGAGGUGAAUGAUUUGCACAAAGAACAUUCAGAAUGGUUGCAGCUACCAUCUUAAGCUCUUCCCUCCAACAAACCUUCCCUCCUCCACCUCCUUUAUGGCUGGGUAGGAAUGUAAAAAGAACUUCAAAGGCACUGCUACUUAAAAGCCACGCCCAUAUCAUGACAAUCAUAGAAUAUACCACAACUAUUAUAUCUACUAGAGUUGCUUUUAAAGAAUGAUAGGUAAGAGAGGUAUUUGCUGCCUAGUUCUAAAAUGGCAACCAAGAGAUUAACAUAAAUGUCAUAGAAGUUUAUUUUCGCAGAUUAAACAUCUAGCUCCAUUAGUCUUUCACAAAAGUUGCUAACCAUGAAGUAUGUUGGAUGAUUUUAUUGCCCAUAGUGCGAGUACAAUAACUAUGGCAUGCUCCUCGAAUGGUGGUCUUGCUCGUAAAUCCCAUCAUUGUUGGUACUUUUGUUUGUCCCAACCUAGUUGUGUAAGGAAUGGUACGCGUUUGGUUUUAAAAAGAGAAAGCUUAUUUUUGCUUAAAAUCUCGGGAAUAGAUUAAAACUCUAGGGUGCAGACAUUGUGAAAAAUAUUGCCGGAAAGAAAGCAAGCAUUUACGAUUUCAGCACAUUAUUUGGGAUUUUAAAUACAUAUUGCGUUAUAUUCUUGAUUGUGUUCUACAUUAUAUGUUCCAAUUCAUAAUUAAUGGGAAAAAUCUUCUAGUUCUUUUGAAAAUGUCAAAUGAAUAAUUUUUUCGCGAAAUUUCUGUUUUAUUGCGGCAGCUCCAAUCGUAUAUAUAAAAAAAUUUACAGUUGCAGUUCUGUCAACAUGCGGGAAAUAAUUUUGAACAAGGGCAGCUGUUGUGAUUUUUACCUCUUUCUGUUGACAAAAUGCACUAUUUUUAGGAUAGAAAGUAAACAUGUCUGACUCUUUUUUUCAAUAACGCUAUAUUUCUAAUAGAACUUCCAAUGUAUGUAUUUGCACCUUUCUUUGAAGGACGCCAAAUUGGAUAAAAGGAUUUCCACCUUUGACAACGAAGUACAAGUUUUAAGAUUUUGCUAAGCUCGUGGAGGGAAAAUUUGUUGUGUUUUAAUCUUAUCGCCUAGCUUGUUGGUAUCAAUGUUACCAAAUCAAUUAGCACCUUUGAAUUUUUCACCAAAGAAGAAGACGCAAAAGGUCUCUUAAAUGCAUUUAAGACAGUUAUUCAUAUAUUUCAUUUCAUAAGAUAAUCUGACUCAAAACUAUUCGUUUCGUUACGUUUUGUUUCGUUUCGUUUCGUUUCGCUUCGUUUCGCUUCGUUUCGCUUCGUUUCGUUUCGUUUCGUUUCGUUUCGUUUCGUUUCGUUUCGUUUCUUUCGCCGAUUAUAAUAAGCUUCACUCUCACCAAAGUUAACCUGCGAACUGCCUUCACGUAUGUCAAAGAAAUCAACUUUCAAAAGAGCAACAAAAUUAUGAUGUCAUAAAUGUUUCUAGAUGUUUUAAAACUUUGCCGCAUAACCUGAAAGACCAGCAUGAUACACUCUGCGUUCAAAUAUCUGACUCGUGUACAAAAUAAGUUAAAGAUGAUAUCAAAUUAAUAGUAAUCCAUUCGUAAAGGUUUGGUCUUCACGCGUCAUAUCUCACAAAAACUCUUAUCACAUCUAACUUUGCACAUUGGUUAGCAUUAAACAACUUUUUUUGUUUAUGUGGCCUAAAUUCGAAGCUUCAAAAGUAUUCCCUUUGCCACUGUAUGCUAAAAGCCUCCCGUAAGCAAAAAGUAUCAUGUUUUUAAAACUAAAAUAAAACAGAACUUUGACAGAUUGUUUCUACAACCUUGGCGCAAAGUUUUCUUGGAUGAUUUCAACCAACCAUUACUUCAUUUAGUGAAUUUGCUUAUAAAUUAAGAGCUAUUUCAAAUUAUUCAAAUUUUCCACAAAAAAACUGACCAAAAGAUGGAAUAUUUGUGUACAUUUUCAGUGAAAGAUAUGUACUGAACUUGAUUGCUAGAUUAACGUUUUAUAUGGUCUUAUAAAUACGUUGCUUAUUUAAGAAAUUUUUGAACUCAUAAGAAUUCUUUUAAUGUCGGCCUUUUUUGGUGUUAGAUUUGGUUUUUCGACGAUAUUAAAGCUGAUUUCCAAACUUUUUCGAUGAUAUUUGAAUAGGCAUUAUUGAAAAUUGCAGCGAUAAACAUGUUUUUUCAACAUUGUGCUAUAAAGGUUCAAUUAUUGUGCAAAUUAUACCUAUCCUUACUAUGGAUUGUAUGGAGGUGUUUAUUUUGUUGUACAAACUACUACAACAAUUUUCAACAACUACUUUCGAUUAAACAUAAGUUACAAUGUUCUUUCGAGCAUUGGGACACUUUCGCUUAUAAUACAGGACUUGGUAUAUUUAGGAGCAGUUGCUGUACCAUUGAAGUCGCAUUGCAAAUUUACAACGAUUUAAAGUCUAAAUUAAGAAUGAGCUUAGUACUGCCCAUCUCUUAUUCUACUUAUGUUGAAAAUUGAUGACAAUGCUAUGUAAACUAAACAAUGCUUUGUAAACUGAACAAUUUUAUGUAAACUAAACGUGUUAGGAUGCGAGCAAUGAUCUCGUUUAGGGAUUAAAUUUUGCAAAUGAAUGGGAACAGCAAAGGGCUAUAGGAUCAUUGUAUUUUUACACUUUUACGAAGAUUGUCAUAUGGAUGACAAAAAUAUGAAAAAGUUUUCGACCUUUUAUAUAUUAAUUGUCCUUGGACUUCUAAGAUCUGUUAUAAUUCUAUUUUCAACAUCAACUGUUCUUGAUUCCAGUCGAUUUCAAAGAAAUGAAAUAACAAAAGCUUUAGAUUCGUAAUUUAAUUUUCAUUAGGGAAUGUUUUUGAGUAAGAUAAGAGCAUUGAGGUUAAAUAUGAGAUUUAAUAUGAGAUAUGCUGUUUAGUGAAAUAAGAUUUAGAGUACGUUAGGGCUUAAAGAGUACGUUAAUUAAAUUGACUGUUCGCUCUAAAGACAUUCCAAAUUUCGAAACGGGAAGUUAAAAAUAUAGCAAAUGAUACCAGAUUGCAAUAUUUGAGUAUGACUCCAGGUGCUAGGGCUAAACGAGAAAUACGACGCGGCAAACACAGCGGCAUUGGAAAUGAAACCGCAAAGGUACAGUUUGCGAUAGUAAACUUUUUUCGCAGAAAUUUAAAACCCUGUUAUAUAAUACUCCGUCUUUUGUAAAAACUGAUCGAUCUUCUAAUUUAUUAAAUGUACUGUUUAAUGUAUUUUAAAUCAUGACCGCAUUACUCCUAAUAUUAAUGUUAUAGAUCAUAACAACUAAAUAUAAUGGCACUCGCGGAGAGACUGUUUUAAAAGUUUCCUUACAUUAAGCGGGGAACUCAAAGUAGCGACUCAUAACAAUCUUGUUGUCUACACGAACACAGCGAUCUUCUAGUUUACAAAAACAGUGGCUAAGGAAAGAAAAGAAAUUACAAGCACUGCGACUGCACCAAUGGCAUUGAUUCUCUGUAUGGCGUAACUUGCUUGCGCUGAUAGUUUCUAAAUAAAGAAAUACGGGCAAGAUGCGUCCCCUUAGAGUGUGACGUCACAAGAAUAUAUUUUAGAAGUUGUGACUUUUUUUACAUACCCAGAAAGAUCACCAUGAAUGGCGCUGAAAGUGAAAAGUCAUUUUAAACAGUAAAUUAAGCAUGUUAAAAACUGGGCACGUUAAAAAUUGGCAUGUUUAACAGUAAAUUAAGCAUGUUAAAAACUGGGCUCUGAAAUUGCAAGGUUAAAAAUUGGCAUGUUUUGGGGCUUUUUCGAGGUUUAUAACCAUAUUUGCUGGGGGAGAGCCAAUUUGAGGGGUUUUAUAGGUUUAACAGGACUGGAACCUAGAUACUGAAUUAUGCUUUGAUUUUCUUCGUUUUGGUGUAUAUUAUAAUCGCUGUUAAGGACCAUUAGGCAGUUUCAAUACAAUUUGCACUUUAUCUCUCGCUAUUGCUCUCUCAAUGGUCAAUACCCUAUUACAUAGGAGGGGGUGGAGUGGCAAAUAGAGGAUUUAUGGCAUGUGGUCCAAUUCUUUGUGGUAUAACGUCACUCUGUUGAAUCUCCAUUCAACGUUGCUUCCGAAUAUGGUUGAAGUCAUUUAUGACUUUAUAGAGUCAAGCUAUCAAAACUAUCUAUGCUAAUUAGAAAAAUUGACAUCUGAAUAAUUUUGCUUUGACAUUUAUAUUUACGUUGUUGUUGAAUAUGUCUGCUCUAUCAUGAUUCAUCGCUUCGUGAUUUAAUACCCAAGGCGUGUUCUUGUAUUUAUAAGCAAUGUCCACCCAUUUUUAACGAGUCAAUACGAGUAGAAACAAAAACGAGGUAUCCAUUUUGGUGCUCGCAUUCAGUUUCAUAUGUAUUUCCUGUUCAAAAACUAAACAAAGAAGUUUCAUUUAGUUUACUUAGCAAGCCAAGCAAAUAACAUCAUUUCCUGUUAAGCUCUCACAAGAAAACAAGGAUAGUUACUAAUUUACCCACAUUUGUUUCUUCCGAGUCCAAGCUUCAUGUAAAACCGCUUGCCGUUUUUGUCUGGGUGACAGACAAAAAAUUAUUUCCUGACAGAAAAUCACUCGACUAAAAACAAUAGCUAAAAGGAAAAGCCAUAACUUGCCAAUGUACUUGCAGCUUUUCAUAAGCUACUCUGCUACAUGUUACUGAUUAUAAAACAAGGUAUUGAAAUGUAACUAUCGACCGUAUAUGGACAUUUUUAUUGGUCAAAAUGUUUACCUGGUCCAUAAUUUAGCUUGACUCUUCACGGUGCCGGAGGAAAGAAUUUGACUAAGAAACUUUUGAAUGCAAACCCGGGCUCCAAAAGUUUGUGUAUACUUUGGCAUAAAACUUUUAAUAAACAUUUAAUGUAUCAAGAAUGCUUUAAUAAACAUUUUAUGUAUCAGGUGUGCCUUAAUGUCGCCGUUUAAUGGCACUACUUCUAGUUGCAUAUGUCUAUGGCGAAUUUGUUUAUGACAUUAUCGUUAGGGGUGUUUCUGUUAGAGCGUCAAGGUAUUCAAGAAAGUGAAUAGUGACUAGAAGCACCUGUAAGUCAAAAGUAGGAUUUUAUCAACUCCACACCUGUUGGUUUUCAAAUAGAAAGCUUUUUGCUUACUGCGUCACAUCGUUUACAGGCAAUGAUGGUACUGUGAUACAUGAAGUUGUAUUGUCUCACAUCUCAAAAUAAAUUUCCUAGCAAAAGUCCUAGCUAGUAGAUUAACCGAGAAUCAGGGUGAUCAAAGUGGAAGUAAUGCACGGAAACGUAUUUCUUCUAUCACGGGGAAGUAAGUUGCAUGGCUGUGCAAAGCAGGCAUUAAUUUAAGAAAUUUUUAUCACGGCACAAAACAGCGUAAGUCGCAGGUUUUCGGAGACAAAAUAGGGUGUGGCUAUGGGUGUGGCUAAGUUUGACUGGACCUCUUUAUGACGGAACAAAGACAUUUUACAUUAUUUUCAAGGAAACUUUCAGUGUAAUUUAGCCUAACUACAGCUACCACAGAUUAUAUAUACAUGCUAUCAGAACAUAUCAAACCUGACCAAAAGAAAACAGAGUAGCAAACCUGAAAACAGGGAAGUUUUCUUCACUUCCACCCUAUGGAGUCAAUAUAAUAUUUCUUUGGGAAUGGGGGAAACGAAGUGGAAUGAUAUUUACUGUGUUUGUAUAUUACUGAUUGAUCCUUCAAAGGCUUUCUUUUGGAGACUAGAUCUCUAAUUAGGGGUGUAGAGCUAGGAGGCUCAUGGGGGCUGAGCCCCCUUGUUCAUGCCUAAAAUCGGCAAAUUUCUACUUUUGCUAUUGUUUUCUGCAGGAUUUUGUGCAGGAGCCCCCUUGUCAUUUUGAAUAUUUCAAUCUGUCUAAGAUAUAUCCAUAAACAUAGCCUUUAUUGUAAUAUGAGGUUUGUCUUCUUUAACUAUAUGAUAAAAAAAUCUGUAACUGCUACUAAUCUUUCAAAACUAUGCCUGGCUAACUUUAUGAAUACCCAAACCAAAAAAAAUUCUGAUCCAUAUAUUGUAUAAAAAAGAUAGAAAUGGUAUUCACUCCAAAGAUUGUGGUGUGUGUCUCAACAAUAACAUGUUGAGGGUACUGGUAUGAGUAGCCAAUGUCUAAAACGAGAAGAAAACCUUUAUUGCUUUAUUUAAGCGAUGAUAGUUUGUACUCAUUUGUCUUUAUUCUGAAAACAGUAGUAUUUGGAAUAUUUCACCACUGCACAUUUUCGAUUCAUCACUGCACAAAUUGGUCAUCACUGCAUCUUGAAUUAAUCCUUGGUUCAAAGAGAUAUUGUCAUGACAAGAAACAUUAAUUGGGUAUUGGAAGGUUAGGUGCGAGGAUGACCCAGUUGUUAGAGGCGCUGACUACAUAACCAAGGGUCCGUGGUUCUGGUUCGUGUCCCUGGUAUGACCAAACUUCCACCUAGAGUGAGAAAAGCCGCCAGCUCUCCGUAAUCCCAGGCAUAGGAAUCACGGGGUGUGGUCGCAUCGAGAGGAAAGACCAGGACAUAAGCUUCUCAGUGUUCUAAGAACUACCUUCGGAUGCUAGGUAGAAACAAAUACAAAUACCAGACAAUGCUCACAUCUAUCUAAGAAAUGAUUAGUCUCUGCUUGCUUGACCACAAUUUCAAUAUAAGCAUGGUCAGUGCUAAUGUUUUAGGAUAAUUAGGUGCUUCAUUAGCGGCUUUUUACAUUGCAAUAAACACAAACAGGUUAAAGUAAACAACAUAGAUGCUUUUCAACGACGAAUUCACUCCUUGACGACCCUGAUAUUAUAAUGUUUACAAAGAUAGGCAUUUCACCUGUGCCUUAUGCAUAUUUAAAUCUGGUCUCUCGGAAAUCUCAAACAUACCAGAGUUCAUGGUAUUGGCAUGUGGACGCAGUUGUUAAUUAAUCUCUGCACCUUCUCUGUAGAACUACCACAAGCGUGCAUUUAAUUACAAAGACUGAUCUUUCUAUACUCAGGGCAAAGAAGAUAAAGAUUUGGCUGGUCAAGCCUUUAUCGGCGUUUUACUUGUCGAACAAAGUAUGGCCUUGGAGUCUAAAACAGCUUCUGGAAUGGAAGGUCAAGUUCAUUUCUGUUUAAUCAUGGUGUACACUGUUUAAUCUUGGUUCAAGAUAGUUGCAAGAGACAAGAGUUGGUUUUUUUUAAAUCAUACGUUGGCCCAAAUGUUCAGCAUAGUAGUGAGUACCGCAGCCAUGGGUUUUACCCUUGUAUCUGCCGCUUCCUCGGGCUUAAAUCAAUCACUAGUCAAUAAUACAAACAACGGAACAAACUCGACCCUGAAGGGCAGUGGUAUGCCAAACCGCGAUGCCUUGUACUAUGUAACUGUAAUUUGUUCAAUCUUGAUUAUGUUGGUUGGCACAUUUGGAAAUUUCCUUGUUCUAAUUAUAUUUUCGUUGCGAUGGAGUGCCUUGAAAACUUGUGAAGUCUUUAUGGUCAGUUUGGCCGUUGCAGACUUGAUAGGGACAUUCACUGUGCCGUUGGAGAUGCUUAGAGACGCACUGCAGCUCCAUGACCCAGGAAAUGGGCACCUUAUUGGUUGUCAGCUAUCCAGCUGGCUUGGAUCGACCUGUAUCUCUGUGUCUGCCUUUACACUAGUUACAAUAGCCAUUGAUAGGUUUUUUGUUGUUGUAUGGCCUCUGAGAAUUAGACAGGGCCUUACCUUUUUCAACCUAGUCGUGGUAUUUGUUACAUGGCUUAUUGGGGCAUGCAUAGCGUCUCCAUACUUCAUUCACUUGGAGCAAAAGGCAGUUGGUGUUGAACGCUAUCGAUGUAUGGUUACGUUGGACAUCAAUGAGCGCAAAAAGUUCUAUAUGGCCCUGUUUGUUAUACAGGUAUUGAUACCGACAUUAGCAAUGUCAGGGCUAUAUUCGUUUAUAAUUUUUAAACUCAGGUCAGGCUCUGUCUCAGCAAGACGACUCAGUGAAACGGACAAUGUCGUAACGAUUCGCACAAGGAGGCAACGGAAAGCGACCAAGCUAUUCAUUAUCGUUGUGAUAAUUUUUGUAUCGCUAGUCCUGCCGUUCAAUAUAUUUAGUCUUCUCGCAACAUACAACAAAGUGCCGUUGACUAAGACGAACUUUAGAAUUUACCGCGUAUUGUCGCUACUGUUAGCUGCAAAUUCUUGUGUAAACCCACUCAUUUAUUCGCGCUUGCACAAGUCUUUUCGAAGGUCGACAAUUGCGUUACUUUUCGGCUGUUUUUGUCCAAAAUACUACAGAUACGAAUGGGAGGCUAAAUUCGUUAGUCGUUCUUCAUACUACCGUCGCCGGCGAUUCACAGACCAGUCUAAUACACGGAACACAAUUACCAGCUUUCGAAAAUCAGGGUUCCCAUUCGCUGAAGACGCAGCAAGUCAGCGCGUUUCAACAGGGACCCCUCCUCGCUCACUCAGUGUGUUAUCAUCUCGGAGUUCAAGAAUUUCGUCUUCUGGCAGUGACGAUGUGUUUGCUCGCAAGAAUUCCACAAAGUCAGCCAACAGAAGCGACGACAGUCCAAAAAUCCAUCUCCAGAAAAUCCCGGAACAGAAUGGCUCCUACACAGCGCUAGAAGACACGCGCAGCAAUGCGCCAUCGCCGGACCCAGAACCCGGCAAGUACACACAAAUAAAGGAUCGCCCCCUGGAAGAACUAAAUGCAACCAAUGGUGCAUUUUUGUCAGAGUUGGCUGAUGACCAAAAGAAGACUACCGAUAAUUACUCAGAAGGUAAGACUGUCAGUAAACUGAGUGCAGUGACAAAACAAGGUUAUGAAAGCAUAAGUCCUAGCGAACAAUUGAACAACAAUUUUCUUGACACUGAACUCUAAGUUUUGCAGAUAAACAUCCUGGGGUUUGUUCAGAGACCGGUAUUUGGCUCGUCUCGCUAGGAUUACAUACCGGACUGGUAUUUCUAUCGUGCAGUUGCUAUUUUAAUUGCUGAGUUGUACUGAAUUGAAUUAUUGUAUUUUGGGCGGACAGAGGGUAAGGAGGCAAAGCCAUAUAUGUGGACCAUCUCGGAGAUCGCGACUCAUGACACAAGUGGGGCAAAUAUCACAAUCAAUACAAUGGCGGCCUAUAUCAUCGAGAUUUGUACAUUCCUCUGUAUUUUUCUUUGUAUUCAAAAGUAAUUUUCUCUAUAUACACUAAAGAAGUUUCACGGCCAAAAAAGUAAAUGAGCGGCCCCUAUCCGCCAUGAAUUUGUCACUGGUUUGCCCCAACUGAAAGAUUGGAAUUUGCUAUAGAACCAUCGAAUUCCAGCAUGGUGUUGCGAACUCCCCGAUGUUCUAUGAUCACAAGAUGGUCCAAAUUUACUUGAUCUGCAUGUUUGAUUAGGCGCGGUUGUAUGAAAUCGUGUUUUUUCGUUUUCAAGGACGGUGUCCUUUCUAAAAUCCUUUGUGAUUUCCGUCUGGAAUCUUUCAACCAAUGGUUCUUUCAUACGUUUAUUUUUUUUGCCAAUAUUUGUUAAUUCUGGUAGAAAGAUAUAGUUGUUUUUUGUGUUUUUGUGCAUCUUUAUAAACAUGGUAGUUUUCUUGCAUGGCUGAAUUAAAAAGCGAUUGUUUUUCAGUUCGGUUGUAAACUAAAGUGUGCCUCUGGUUAUCAACUGAAGCCAUAGACUGGCUUGGGCCAUGUCACACCCACUACCCUAUUUUCUGACUCUGCGUAGGCCGACUCAGCUGCAGCAAAAUCCACUACAACCCGUCGCAAGAACGUCCAGUCACACACGUGCACAAUAUCAAGUCAUCUGAUAGCCUACGCUGCAAUUCCCCAACCCUCUUCUUUGGUGAUAUGCAUUACAGCAUAUUGUACUGGUUUAAACUUUUGGUUGAAAAUCAUUGGCAUAGCGAUUUCGAUAUCGUCUGCGAAACAUCUAUAGACUUAUAUUCUUAGCUUUUUUCUCCUGUUGAUCGGGAAUUUUUCGUUGCAUUGGUGACAUAAGAAGCUGAUGCAAAAGUCAAAGCGUCUGUCAAUAAAGUACAUAAGGCAGCAGGAACAGUAAGGGUAAAAUCCAAUUAACUUGUUCUUUUCAGGAUAAUUUGUAGGUCCUAAUGCUAGGAAACAUAACUAGGGGGUUUCCUGUGUCGGGAGAAACUUAACAUGAAAAAAUUGUUAAUUAUAGGUUCAUUGGUUAAAUUGCGUGAAUAAGUGGCAUUUUUUCUUCAUCUGUAUAAUAUACAUAUCUGAACGUCAAACCCGGGAAGUCAGGAGGGUUCAAUUUCACACAUUGGGUGCCGCCAUUAGGUAAGCAGGGGAGAGGUGCUCAAAUCAUUUGUCGUCAUUUCAAAAUUAGCUUCAAAACCUGCGGCCCUUGUUUCAAAUGCGCUCCUCUAGGGCGCCACUGCCAUCUCCAGUCCACCAUCUCCAAGAGACGAAUCUGAUGGAAUGAUUUUUCACGUGUGGAGGGAAAGGAGCUUUGGUUUUGAACCUAAUUUAACUUGAGGCCAUCAAAAUACGCUGCAUCAGUCCCUUUGUAUCACUAUAGCUUCCCCGCUUUUUUUGUUCAGUUGAAAGCUUUAUUACAGAUUGCUACAGCAUUGUCACGAACUCAUGACGUCAGUUUGAAAUGCUGGUAGCAGCUUCUUAUGUCAUCAGCACUGUAAUUGUCAAUGUUAUAAAUUUUAAAUAUUUACGUUGUGUCAUCAUAGCAAGUGUAGCUAUUUUCACUUUUUUAUUUUCAUUUAGCAAUUUCUUCAAACUUGUAAGUUCAUAUUAAUGAAAUUGUAAUUUUGAAUCAGAUUGAAAUUUAGCAAAGGAAUCUUCAUCAGCAAGAGCUACUUUAGGACAAACAUCGAAUAUUUAGUGUAAAGUUACAAUAUUUAGAGCAAAUAUUUAGAACAGUGUUGUUCUUGAAUAAAACUGAUGUAGUUUAAAGUCUUUUGCGUUUCUAUGAUAUAUAUAUUAGGUAUAUAAUCACUGGUUAUAUUCCAAACAUAGUGUAUUGUCAUAAUUGGGGAUAUUAUAAGUUAUACAAAGUUGUAAUUUUAGUAAUAUUUGUUAAUGAUUUAAAGCAAAUGUAUGAACAAUAAGACGUAUUUCUGAUUGCUCAAAGUUUAUCCUUUUGUUGUUGACAAUGUUGUUGUUGUUGUUGUUGUUGACAAUGAUACCGAAUCUCAUCAGAGAAGGUAAAAUUCUAAUGUGUGCCCCGCCAUAAUGUGUAGCUUGGCAUUUUUAUCAUGAGCAAAACUUGGAGAUAAAAAACAUCAAUCAAACUUUUGGCAAUUGUGCAGAGAGUCCUUGAUAAAUACAAAAAGUCCCUUUCAACAAGAAAAUGAGCACUUUUCAUCUUAAGAAAACUUUCUACAUGCCUUACAAGCAAUUGGAGGCUAGCUGCCUCAGGUGCUGCAAAUGCUC